AUGGGGUCCCUCAUCGGCCAUGUUGCGCCGGGAGCCGGUUUCCUCCUCAUCGGCCUGUGGCAUCUCUUCAACCACAUCCGUCUGCUGGCGCUGAGUCCCAGCUCCUACGUCGCGCCGGUCUGGUUCCCGUUCCCGGCGCGGGGCCUCCGGCACCUCGAGCUCAUCCUCAUCAUCGUCGGGUCGUCGGCGUCCAUCUUCAUGGAGCUCUUCGGCAGCCCCAGGAAGCACCAACCGUUCGACGACGACGGCACCAUCCCCUCCGUGCACCUCCACAACCUGGAGCACGCGUCCAUCUCGCUCGCGCUGCUCCUCUUCGCCGCGGCCACCCUCCACAUGGACAGGGUCCGGGCGCCCAUGCGGGACGCCGUCUCGCAGCUGGUCGCCGCCGCGGCGCUCGCGCAGGAGCUGCUCAUGUUCCACCUCCACUCCACGGACCACAUGGGCGUGGAGGGGCAGUUCCACUGGCUGCUGCAGGCCGUCAUCGCGGUCACGCUCGCCGCCACGCUGCUGUGGUUCGCCUGCCCUGGGAGCUUCGCCGUGAGCCUGGUGCGGUCCGCGAGCAUCGUGUUGCAGGGCGUCUGGUUCAUCGUCAUGGGCGUCAUGCUCUGGACGCCGGGGCUCAUCUCCAAGGGAUGCUUCAUCAACCUCGAGGAAGGCCACAACGUUGUCCGCUGCCGCACCGACGAGGCGCUCCACCGCGCAAAGUCCCUCGUCAACCUGCAGUUCAGCUGGUACCUCACCUCCGCUGGUGAAGAUAAGCCACGCCGACGGCAGGUCCGGAUCUGUCGAGGACGAUGA